GGCGCUUCCGGCCGCUCCGCGGGGCUUUCCCGCCCGGGCCGCCAUGUUGUUUCGCGCGCGGGAUUUGCGGCGAGGCCUCCUCCUCCGCGCCGCCCUUCGGGCCCGCGCCAGGUCAGAAAAUGAAAUUCAAAGGUACUUCGGCACAAACAGCGCGUUCUACAGCAAGAAGGAUGAACUGGCCACUCUUCCAGGCAGCGCUGCGGGAAAAGCCGCCGAGACCCAAGAAAAUUCAAAGAAGGUCUCAAAGGAGAAUCCAAAGGAGAAAUUGAUAAAUAUUAUAAAAGGCAUGAAAGUUGAAUUAGGUUCAAAGGCGGUGUCCCAGAGAAAAAAAAAUCAGCUGACCAGUGCACAAAGCAGGAAACUGAUUCAAAAUGUGGAGCGUGUCGGUAGCAUGUACCAAAAAGCCACAAAAGAUGCCACACUUAAGAGGGACAGCCCGCUAAGUCCGGAUUUAGUGGCUGCUGCAAUCGCAGUUGCCGAUUCCCUUCCUUCUGACAAGCAGACGACAAAAUCGGAGUUACUCAAGCAACUGAAGAAGCACGAGGAAGAGUCUAAAGAACAGGCGAGACAAAGAGAAAGCAGAUCGUUAAGUAAUAUAAUUGCCGAUAUGAAGAUUUCCAAACCUUCUAGCUCCCGAAAUUAUAUGAGACCAGAUCAUCAAAUUCAGUUUGACGAAGGUCAUGGGUAUUUGCUUCAGAAGGAGAUAGCAGCUACCCGGGGACAAAGGAAGGGAUUAUUUAGAGGGAAGAGCCUGAAUAUUUUCCCCACUUCUGAGGACACUCCCGAAGAAGAAUCUGAAACAGUGGCAUCCCUCACUCUUUGGGACUUGGAAUUUGCCAAGCAGUUAGCAACAAUAAAUGAGCAGCUUCCCCGGAAUGGUUUUGAGGAGAUGAUCCAGUGGACAAAAGAGGGAAAGUUAUGGGAAUUUCCCAUUAACAACGAAGCAGGUUUUGAUGACGACGGUGCUGAUUUUCACGAGCAUAUAUUUCUGGAUAAAUACCUGGAGGAUUUCCCAAAACAAGGACCGAUUCGCCACUUCAUGGAACUAGUGACCUGUGGGCUGUCUAAAAACCCCCAUUUGAGCGUUAAGCAAAAGGCUGAGCACAUUGAGUGGUUUCGGAACUAUUUCCAUGAAAAAACAGAUAUCCUUAAGGAAAAUAACAUUCAGUUCAAUUGAGAAACAUGGGAGGCACUCUUAACCCUGAUGUUAGAAAAGGAAAUUCUUGAAGUCAAACAUUCUUUCUUCUAUGUUUUAUCUACCUGAGGACUAAUUCGUGGUGAAUAAUUGUGGAACCAGAUUUGCCUGAUACAUGUUAAAUUGUAUAAAAGAUCUAAUGUGAUAGCUGAAAAAUAUUCUUGCAUAUAUCAGAAGAAAAAGUUCUAGUAAAUUACUGAUUGCUUAAACCGCCCAAUCUUCCUUCUGCCUCAUGUAUAUAUGAAAAAUAAGGUGACGAUGGUUUAGCCUACUUAUAAAGAGGCAAAUAGACUUAGGAGACAAGCAAUAUAUAGCUAGAGAGGAUCGUGGCGUAGAACUUGACUGAUUUUUUUGGAAUAUUUUCUGAAAGCAGUUGCUCUCACAGGAGGCGAUCUCCAACUUGGUUCCUGGCAACAGAUCGAUGCCCACAGACACCGGUCCUCCCAAUAACGGCAGCGGGAAACGUUGGAGAUAGGUUCUGUGCUAUAAAUUCAGUGGUGGUGGCAGAUGGACUGCCUUUAAGCCACUUUUUAGGCCACCUUUUCACCGGUCAGGCUUUUGACCAGGCUUUCGUCCACUCCUCUGACUAAUUUCACCCCUCUUGUCUCUAAGUUAGACCCCACCCAGGAAAGAAAACGGUAAAUUCUUGCAGUGUUUAAGGAAUUUUUGAUCUUAGUGUUCUUUUUGUAAUGUCAAGCCAUUGUGGUAUCAUGAGAUUAGUCCGAAAAGAGAUUUUAAGUAUAGUUAACUCAAAUGCCCGUAUUUUGGAAAGAAAUGUUAAAGCAGUUGCAUGCGGACGAGGAAGGACUUUCUAGUGGUGGCAUUUAAUCGUUCUCCUUCGAGAGAGGUGAGCCUAAAUGGGACUCUAAAAUGUUCUCAUAUGUGCUCAGGCAGCCUGCCAGCUGACCGAUGCUUCAGGAUUCUUUAGGCUGGCUCUACCCUUCCCCAUUCUCUGCUGCUCCGCAACUCCCCACACCAUCCCUGGGUUCCCAACCUCGGGGCAUUAGACACCACCUCCUUUCCCUCCCCCUCAGGGGACACUCUGACUUCUAAGGAGCUUCUGCUGACCUUCCGAUAAUGUAGCGUCUUCCUCAUUUUCGAGAACCAGUCAGCUUUUAAAUAGGCCGUGUUUCCCGUGAGGUUUAACAAUCAUAAAACAAUUUUCAACUUUCUCCUCCAAGAAAACUACGUUUUUUAAGGCAUUUCUUUUGUCCUCUUUCCCUCAAACCCCCAUAAAAUAAGGGACAGGGAUCGUAUCUGUUUUGAUUUUCUCUAACCCAGUAUGUAGUACAAUGGCAUGUAGUAAGAACUUAAAUGCCAUAUUUAUUAAUAUAUUUUACAAUGGUAAUAAUAAAAAGAAAGGUUAAACCCAUCUCUCAAA